AUUGGUUAGUUGUAUCCAGUGUUUUCAGUAUACGUUAACAAACAAGAAAUUGUUUUGGUUUUAGGAAAGUUGAAUUAUUAACCUACCGCCGUGUUAUAACACAGUUAAUGGAGAAAUGGUGUUAAGAACAUUUUUUCGGUACCUGGUUAACAACGAGUACUUGAUUGAACAGCUUGCCAAUUCCUAUCCCAUAAGGAGAGCAGCACAGUUAACUGCAUAUAUUUUUACGAAAGGAAAAUACAUUGGUGAGGAAGGCAUGGAGAAGUUGAAGAAGUCAGAUACCUUACAUCAAGUAGAAGACAAGUUAAAAGACACUGGCAGGAAACUUUCUUCAUUUGGUGGAAGUUUCAGUGAAGAACUUAGGAAGGGACUGAAACAAAUGAAUGAAGACAUGCAAAGAAGACAGAAAAGAUAAUAGUGAACUUUUAGCAAUUUGUAACAUAUGCUUAGCAGUUAAGAUUUCCUGUAGAAUUAGAAUAUGGACUUUUUAACUCCAGGCUACUGCAUGUAGUAGUAAAGGUUGUGGAAAUCUUAAAAUGCAAUAUUCUGUAAAGAAUUAAUAUGCAUGAUAUAUCAUUGCAUCUAAAUGAAUGCUUUGUGAAACAUACCUAGUAAGUAUAUUGAUUAAAAUAUCCAAAAAAAUAUAACAAGGUCUUAAUUUUUUUAUCAUGUGACCACAAGGAAUAGAGUUAUAAAUUGAUAAAUAAUAUAUGAUAUCAAUUGGAUAUAUGUAAGAUAAAUAUACAGUUGCAUCCUAUUUUCUAACAUUACUUUUCAAUAAAUAUAAUUCCUUUUAGUAUGGAGGAGCUAUAGGUUUCAAGCCAUAAAACAGUUCUUCAAAAAGUUGUGUAUUUUUUCAAUUUAAGGGACUUCAUACAUUUGUAUAAAAAUUGUUAGCAAUAAUGGUUGAUGAUAUAUGUUGAUAAUAUGAAAAAAAUAAAAACUUGUAAAAUAAAAA